GCCAUCUGAAAGGUUGAGACCAUGGUUUGAGCAACAUCAUAAAGGUUUAGAACACUCAUGAUGUCUCUAUAAAGGAGAAACUGGGAGAUGUAAGUUCCAUUUCCUCCCUUCUCCAUCCAGGUCAAUCUUCAGAGUCUUUUUCCAGUGACAGAAAUGAUUGGAGAUAUCUCCGGAUUUCCAGCGACGAUAAACCAAAGUUCCUGGGAGGUCAUUUGUGCUGUGAAAGUUGACAGUGCCGUAUCAUCACCAUCCUGCAAUUCCCACAAGCUUCUGCUUCUACUCGGCUAUGUCCCCCAUUUUCCGUCAGAUUCACAGUACUUCAAACUUUUCGUUAUCACCGGCCGGUAACACACCGUUCUUCCUUAUUGAUUCAGGGAAAAAAUGCCUUCUGCUCUGUUUUCAAGUCUGAACUCUUCAUUCACUUUUGGCAUUCAAAGAGCAGUUAGUGUAAAACAAAUUGGGAGAUAUAAUCUGACUCUGUCUCUGCCUGUACAAAGUAGUCAUACCUGGAAUUGCAGAUAUUCAAGCUAUCUAUGUAAUACUAGAGUCAUGGCUUUUCGUGGCUCCGCAGCUGCCUUGGGGGAUAUUGUGGUGGAUAGCUUAAUCUCAAGCUCUGCAAACCCUGCCAGUGUCUAUUUUGGAGAUAGAAUAUGGAAAACUAGUAUGAGUUUGGAAUCUAGGAAAAUGAAAUCUUCCUUCAUAUUUGAUGUUUCACAUGGGUCAUCCAUAUAUUGUCCGGUAACUAGAAGAGGGUUGAAAAGUUACUGUACAUCGUCUACUCCAACUUGUUCUGACGGAUCAUUACCAAAUGAGCACCUUGCAAGUCUUGCAAUUCCAAUUGAACAGAAGGCAGUAGGUAAUGGACCUCUCAAGCUAGUCUCUGCAUCAUGCUACCUUCCACAUCCUGAUAAAGUAAGAACUGGUGGAGAGGAUGCUCAUUUUAUUUGCGAAGAUGAGAUGGCAAUUGGUGUAGCAGAUGGAGUUGGUGGAUGGGCAGAUGUGGGCAUUGAUGCAGGAGAAUUUGCACGCCAACUAAUGUCUUAUUCAGUCGAUGUUCUUCGGCAUGAACCCAAAGAUUCAAUCAGUCCAACUCGGGUGUUAAAGAAAGCACAUUCAAAAACAAAUGCUCAAGGCUCUUCUACGGCCUGUAUCAUAGUACUUACUAGCAAGGGUCUUCGUGCCAUUAAUCUUGGAGACAGUGGCUUUGUUGUGGUUAGGGAUGGGCGCACCAUCUUUGAAUCCCCAGUUCAGCAGCACGGUUUCAAUUGUCCAUAUCAACUUGAAAGUGGCAGUGGCGGUAACAGUAAUGCUGAUCUACCAAGUUCUGGUCAGGUUUUCGCAGUUGAUGUUAAACCUGGAGAUGUUAUUGUUGCGGGGACUGAUGGAUUGUUUGACAACCUAUACAAAGAUGAAAUAGCUCGUGUUGUUCACGAUGCAGUAAAAUCUGGCCUGGACCCAGACACCACUGCUCAGAAAAUAACAGGUUUAGCACGCCAAAGAGCUCUGGAUAGCAAAAGGCAAACUCCCUUCGCUGAUGCAGCACAAAAAGGCGGGUUUCAUUACUAUGGUGGUAAAUUAGAUGACCUUACUGUUAUCGUUUCUUUUAUUACUCACUCCUCGACUGCUGCAUAAGCAGUAAAUUUCUGCUUUUCCUUUUUUAUUGGAUCUUUUAGUCUCUAUUGGCUAAAAAUAUUGACUGAUUUUUUGAUAAAGAACUGCGCAAUUUGAUAAUUAGUUUUGUAAAUUUUGAUUUAAGUACUUCUUGUUGAUGAUUGAGCACAAAUCAAGGUUGUUAAACUGGACAUCCUACUUA